AUGACCUAUGCAGGCGGCGGAAAGCACGAUGUGCCUGUCUACAGCCCCGAGGCGCAAAAGCGUCUUCGGGAAUUUCGUCGACUCAGCGACCAGCUGACGGAGGUUACGCUAGCUGCAAUACAUCGUGCUGAGGUCCAACAACCGCACAAACCUCUCAUUGAGGUACCAGUUUUGCCCUGUGCCAAAUGCGGUCAGGGCAACCCGCUGCAGGCGCCGAGUUUAUUUGAGACAGGCACCGAGCCCGAUCGCAAUGAGCUGCAACGGCUGGGCAGA